CGAGUUUCAAUCAUUACGGCCAAAGAGACUAAAUGUUCUGCUGUUUCCUCUUUCAGUGGUUCUGUUUGUGCAAUAACUAUCUGAUCACAAACUAAAUGUCACAUGUUUAAUCACUUUCUGGAAACAAAUGACCAAAACAUUUUAUGUUCAACGAAAUCCAAAUGUCCUACACAAACAAUCCGCAGACUUUUUCCCAAACAUCAUUUCACUAACUCAAGCCUUACUGACAUUGUUCUUUCUCGGUUGGGGGGGCGGAAGCAGCCGAGCAAUGCCAUUAACUUCAAACGCCUUUCAGUCAGAGCUGUGGGCAUCGAUAACAUCCUGUCUACGUUUGACUCAAGUCCUGCGUGCAUGCGGCCUCACAGGCAGCUGAAUGAUGCUGUUGUUUCCAGCGCCAGCCAAUCACUUUCUCCCGUCUGACUGAUGGAGGGAGGGGGGGGGUCGGGGCCGAGGCAGGGACACAGCUCCUCUCAGUGUGAUGAAUGUACGCCGGGCUUCUCCGAGUCGCCGCAGGAACUGGCAGCCCGCUCAGGAUAUUCCCUGGAAGCAGUGAUGGCCGGGCGAGACCCCCUCCCUUUCCUGACAGCGAGGGAGGCAGGGAGGUAAAGAGUGGGACACACAGGAGAGCCCGGGAUCUUGAGACUCUGAGCGCCACCGUCAUGGACCCGAGCAUUCACGCUCUGGAGCUGUUGGGGGUCUUCUUGUCGGCGGCGGCCUGGCUCUGCUCGCUGGCCACCACCCUGAUGUCCACCUGGCUGACCCUCUCCACCGAGCUGCUCUCCACAGAGAGCUACCAGCUGGGGCUGUGGGAGACCUGCGUGGUGCAGGAACUCGGGAUACUGGAGUGCCGGCCCUACGACGGCCUGCUGGGCCUGCCGCAGGACAUCACACUGGCCCGGGUCUUCAUGUGCCUGGCGCUGUCCUCCGGGCUGCUCGGACUCCUGCUGGCAAUCCCCGGCAUGCACGUCAUCAACAGCUGCCGCGGCCAGCUGGAGGACCUCAGGUGCAAGAGGGGGAUGAAGGUGGCCGGGGGGACGCUGUGCCUGGUGGCUGGCAUCCUGGGGCUCGUCCCGGUCUCGUACAUCGCCCACAUCACGGUCUUACGGUUCUUUGAUGAAACGAUGCCGGACAUGGUGCCGCGCUGGGAGUUCGGGGACGCUCUAUUCUGCGGCUGGACGGCCGGGUUUCUUCACCUGGUUGCGGGAACUCUGCUGCUGGCGUCUUGUUUUUGUCUGCAGAGGGACAACUGUAUCACACCUGUCCCCAUCCCUGUGGGGACUGUGCAGCCGAGUUGGACCCACAUCAAGACCAAAACCGAGUAUGUCUGAGAUUGCGUUCCAUCAGGGACGCCACACGUCUGUUCUCUUCUAAGUAAAGAGUCAGUGUCCAAAAGUAAUACAGGAGAAACCAACGGCAGUUAAACGGCUUCUUUUCUCAGUAGUUCUCAAUCAGGUGUUUGGACAGACCACAUGUUUCAGACGGGAGGACGGACGUCUCAAGCUUUGUGAUUAAGAACUGCACUGAGAAACUGUCCUGUCUGGGUCAGAGACAACAACCUCUUGCUCUGCAGCCAAACUUUAAAUCACAAACUCUUCAGGAAAAAACAUGGUGCUCCAAAGUCCAAAAGUUAGAACAAAACUGCAAUAAAACAAAGUCUUUUAUUUUAAAAUCUUCUGCAAACAGGAAAAAACUGGAUUUUAGAUAUUAAACUCAAAAUCUUGUUAAACGCCACACGAGAAUUAAACCAAAUACAUUUUCCAUUCAUGAUUUUAAGAUGCAGAUCGACUUCACAUCUUGUCUCCGUGUUUACUUCCCUCAGUUUCAGCUCUUCAUGUCAAACAUUAAAACUUUCCUUGUGACACAUUGUAUGUUUGGAAACUUUGGGAUCUUUAAAACAAUUAAAAAUAGAGUUUUUUGAAAGGUUUGGCUGCACAGCUCAGUUUUUUAAUGACACAAGUUUCCUGAUAUAAAAAGUGAAACUUUGUCAUUAAGAACUACCUUGAGAAAAUACACAUUUUUAUUGCAGCUCUUCUAGAUUAGUUACUUUUGAAAAUUCACAGUUUGGUAUCUUUAGAAACGUUUAACUUGGAGGUUUUUUGUGUUUGAACAAAGUUUGGCUGCACAGCUCGAGUCUUUGGGAAUACUUCAAAUAAUUUUAAAGAGUUUAAACCUCAAAUGUUGAAGUUACUUCAAAAGUUUAACAAACCUUUCGAUCUUAUUUGAGCCCAUAAAUGUAUUUAAAUCCCUCGAGUUUCAAUCAUUACGGCCAAAGAGACUAAAUGUGCUGCUAUUUCCUGUUUCAGUGGUUCUGUUUGUGCAAUAACUAUCUGAUGAACAAACAUGUUUAAUCACUUUCUGGAAACAAACAUUUUCUGUAAAACACAACAUUCCUGACGCUCAGCACGAGUGUGAGGCUCAAAGUACUGAUUAGAAAAAAGGCUCAGUUAUUGAUGUUAUUUUAACUCACAGUCAUCAACAGGUUAGAAAAUGAUUUGUGAGUUAAUUUAGAGUAAAAUAAAAUUAGUCAUCAGGAAAACUGCAGUUAAUGACUAAAUGUGUGUAUAUAUUUUAUUUGGAGAGGAAAGAAGCUGCUGAUGAGUUUGGUUUAAAAUCACUUUGUGUUCAAUCAGCUGUUGUCGGAUGAUUAUUAUUAUGAUUAUUAUGCUUUGAAUCAACUUACAGAUCUGGAUAUUAUCAGCAGGUGUUAAAGACGAGCUGCGUGUAAAUAAAGAUGCUACUGUAUAAAAAUAAAUGUCAGAUGAAACUGAA